UAUAGACUAGGCUCAGUGCAAGUUGUUUAACUCUGUCCUCCACCUUGAGCCAGCCCACUUUAGAGAAGUGGGUAGGAGUGAGGUGGGAUCUGGGGUGGAGGUCUAGAAGUAACCUGACUAGCUUGUUCUGAGAUGUUUGGAGUUUUGAUUUGAGGGUUUUGGAGGUGCUAGGGUACCAGGAGGUGCAUGCGUAAUCGAAAAAGGGUUGAACGAGAGUUCCCGCCAGAAUCCUCAAGGUGCUUUUGUUGACCAGAGAGGAAAUUCUGUAGAGAAAUCUCGUUCGUUGGUUAACCUUUUUGAUUACCUUGUUUUUAGUGGUGAUGGUUUCACAUCAGUGACAGCCGCUCACUGCUACCAUCAUUAAAAUGCUAGUACUCCUUUUUACGCCAUCACCGUGGAUUAACAUGUCCACCAAUUUGUGCGCCUACAGGCUGCCCCUAUAGCACGUCACCGAGCUGAUUUAUGGAAGUAUUUUGGUGCGCUAGCUGCUUCCACAGCUUAUCAGCAGCCUUUUAUUGGCCACGGUUAUUACGCCGCGCCGCGCAAGUGUGUGUACGCAACUGUUGGACAUCCGAAAAGGUCUCUCAUUUUGUCCUUACAAGGGAAUGAGGCGUGCCCAGGGGUCAGACUACAGCAAGGGGGUCUUUAGGAGGUAUGCAAGCCUGAAAGACUUGGAGAAAAUAGAUGCUUCCAUCUGUCUCCAAAUCUGCCCCGUUGCUGACCCACUCCCCUGGAGACUCUGCUGGGUCACAUGGUCCCUGCAAAGCCUUAAAAAAGGCCCAAAUAGCGCGCCCGUGAGUCCAGUCUUCAGACACCCAGCUGGUCUUGGUGGUUCUGGUGAUUUGCGGAGAGCCACCUUAAGACAUGUCAGACACAGAGGAGUACGAACAGGAGGAUGAAGAGCAGGAGGAGUACGAAGAGGAGCUGGAAGAGGAGACAGAACAGGAGGAAGAGUCCAAACCUCGACACAAAACCACUUAUGUACCAAACAUCGCCCCCCCGAAGCUGCCGGAUGGCGAGAAGGUGGACUUCGACGACCUGCACCGCAAGAGACUGGAGAAGGACUUCAAUGACCUCCAGAGCCUCAUUGAGGUGCAUUUCUCCAACCGCCAGAAGGAAGAGGAGGAACUGGUGGACCUGCGCAACCGCAUCGAGCGCCGCCGCUCCGACCGCGCCGAGCAACAGCGGGUCCGCGCCGAGGAGGAGCGGGAGCGCCAGGCCAGGGUGACCGAGGAGCGGGCGAGGCGCGAGGAGGAGGCGGCCAAGCUCCGCGCCGAGGAGGAGGCCAAGAAGAAAAAGAUCUUCACCAACAAGUCCUUCGGCGGCUACCUGCAGAAGGUGGACCAGAAGAAGGGCAAGAAGCUGACGGCGCGCGAGGAGAAGAAGAAGGCGCUACUGGAGCGCCGCAAGCCGCUCAACAUCGACCACCUCAACCAGGAGAAGCUGGCGGAGAAGGCGCAGGACCUCUGGGCGUGGCUCCAUGGGCUCCACGCUGAGAAGUUCCAGCUGGCGGAGAAGCUCAAGCGACAGAAGUACGACAUCUACGUUCUCAGGAACCGCGUCAGCGACCACCAGCGCGGCUCCAAAGCGUCCAAGACCACCCGCGGGGCCAAGGGCAAGUCUGGGUCCUGGAAGUGAGGAAACCUUUCCCGGACUUGUUGUCUUGUUUGUAUCCGACUUUUUUUCGAGGACAUAUUCUGGGGCAGGCGUUAAUGCUGAGGGGCGGAGUCACUGACGUCGAUCUAAUUUAUUCACAUAGUGAUUAUUAAAGUUGGCGAUCUGCAGCCUCCACCAGAAACUGUUUUGUCGUGCUUUCAGAAAUCAUACUUUCAUAACAUUUGUAUUUGUAGCUUCCGUUCAGUCUUGGGAAAUUAACCCAACUGUUGGUUCG